AUGCUGAUGGGACGCUCAAAACGGAAUCGAAGCGACGAAGAGACCUUCGAUGCAGUGGACGCAAUCUUUGAUCAGAUUGCUGCGGGGAAGCAGCGCAUCAAGUAUGCAGAUGUGGCGGCGCACUUUCAGAAGGCCAGCACGAACAAGAUGGACAACACGGAUGAGUUGCGCAAGCUGUAUGACCUCAUCGACGCAGACAAGAGUGGGUCCAUCUCAAAGCUGGAGAUCAUUGCCGCAGUGCAGGCCAACAAGGAGGUGGCCAACUACCUUCUUCCAAACCUGGAGGGCGCCGACCACGUCAUGGAGUCCGAGGCCAUCUUCGACGCCAUCAACAGCCUCUUCCAGACCAUCGCCGGCGGCAAGCGGCGGAUUGACUUUGCCGACUUCAAGGCCUACUUCAAGAAGGUCACCUCAGUGUCGGCGGGCCCUGUGUCGAUCCACCGGGGGAGCAUGCGCGUCUUCGUCAUCGGACCAGGCUUCGGACAGAAGCUCAACCCGCGCCAGUCGGGCAUGAUCACGAAUGCUGGCUACCAGGUGUACUUCUUUCACGGCAUCCCGAACCCAGAGACGCCGAACUUCCCGGUUCAGCAGUACAUGGAGUACAUCAAGGAAGAACUGGAUGCCUUCCAGCCUGACGUGGUCUGCGCAGCAUCCAAGGGAGGCGUCUACCUCAUCGGCUUGUGGCAGGCUGGUUUGUGGCGCGGCCCGAGUCUCCUCAUCAACGCCCACCCUUCGUGCAAGGAGCUGCCGCAGGGCGUGCCGAUCGUUCUCGCGCAGGGAGGAAACGAUGAGGUAUACCCGACUGCGCGAGCUGAUCUCGAGCGACUGAUCUCCACGGGCACAGACAACAAGUGUUUCCUGUACUACGCUGGAAACAGCGGGCUUAUGGCAUCGGGGCAGCGUACCCGCAUAGGUGACCGCCACAACAUGGAGUCCCUGCUCUUUCGAGACUGCCUGCCUCGCCUGAUCGACGCCACCCUGUGCGCUGACGGCCCGGAGGCCCACAUGAUUCGCUCCUGGCGGGAGCGUCUUUCAGAACAGCGCAGGGAAGCGGAGCAGUGGCUAGGACACAGCCCGGAGCUCCUGCGCAAGCGCUGGGCAACUCGUGGCAUGGACGAGGAGAAACUCAUAGAGGUACUCCCUGGCACCGAGGAGUUUGCUCACGUCAUGGCUUUGUUCCGGGCCGCUCCGAAGGAGCCGCCCAUUUACUCCGUGACGCCGCAGGCAACUUGGGAACAGGUGCACGUUCGUGCGAUUCAUCGCGUAGAGAAUGGCCCUCAGCUGGAUGGAUGCACGAAGCCGUACUUCGAAUCCCUCCGACGAAACUUAGAGGAUCAGGGGGUGGAGUUCGAGCCUGGAACCCACACGUGCUGGGCUUUCCACGGGGCGCGAAGCGACGCCAUCGAGUCCAUCGUCAGCAAUACGGUGGCCGGCUUCCAGCCCUUGGCAUCAGGCACGCGUGGUGCGAACGUUUGGGGCUCUGGCACCUACUUUGCACGUGACGCGAAGUACGUGGCAGAUGGCGGCUUCUGCGGAAAGCCGGCUGCAGAUGGAACCCGGCAGAUGUUGGUGUGCCUCCUGAUGACGGGCGUCCCAUGCCUCGGUGAUCCCGACCACAAGGGCGCUGUUGACUCAGAGGGCUGA